UUUUUUCAAGAAUUAUAACAGAUUCUGAGUUAGAUUUAGGUCUGGACUUUGAUUGGGCCAUUCUAACACAGGAACAUUCUUGGAGCUAAUCCACCCAGUCUCAAGUGUUUUGGAGUUGCUAACAGGUUUUCUUCCAGUAUAAAAUUAAUUCUGACCAUGAUGUGCAUAUUUUUAUCAAUCAAAAACGUUUAAUUGUUUCUUCUUUCACAAUUAAUCAGUAUUUUGCGUCUCUCAUAGAAAAUCACAUUAAAAUACAUUAACGUCUAUGGCUGUAGCACGUCGAAACGUUUGCAAGGCACAGUAAAUUAGGCGAUUGCCCAUGUUACAGACUGCUUUUACAGAGACGAUUGGUGUGUGUGUAGCCAUGUGAGGAGUAUCACAGGGUGUAAUGAUUGCUCUGCAAAGCCACAGAAAAGCUGCAGUGUUGGAGACCAGUACACAGAACAGGAAGUACUUGUUCAAUAAAACUUUUAUCUGAAGCAUAUUAUGCAUCAGAUAAAAGUUACUUUUCACCUCCAUGUUUGACAACGUUUUGGCCACAUUAAGCACAGCCAAACAAACCACAUCAUGUUUCCUGGAGAUAACAAUGAAGGCAGCUAUGAGGAAACGUCGCCACUAUAGCCUCUUGGCUCUAUAGCUCCUCUGUUACAAAACAUUACCUCCCUCUGGUGGUAAAUUAUGGUACUAUUUGGCAACGUAUAUGUUAAUUUUUAUAUUUUCCAUAUUGAUUUAGUAAUUGAAAAUUAUCUUGUCUUUUUUAAAAAUAUUUAAGGAAAACAAAACUAAUUUAUUGUAAGUUUUUAAGGUUGCAAUUUCAUAAACCACAAAGACUAAUCGGCAGUAAAAAUUGCAAAUGGUAGUACCGUAAUUAGAAUACUGCCUGAUUAUUUAUUAAGUUUCUCUCAAGGUAGAGUUAAGGCCAGAAUUAUUCACACCCUUGGCAUAUUUAGAUUAAAUUAUUUCCAUUCAACUAAGAAGUUUGUUUCUUAUAUGAAAUGAGAUAAGCAUCUCUCAAAAGAUAAAGAAACUCAUUAAAAGGUGUUCAAAAACUUUUUGGUAGUGAACAUGUACUAUUUACCAAAAAAAAUCAACCUACCAGAGGUGGGACCAAGUCAUUGUGUAGUAAGUCACUAGUAAGUCUCAAGUCUUUCCACCAAAGUCUCGAGUCAAGCCUCGAGUAAAGGCAUGAAAGUCUCAAGUCAAGUCCAAAGUCAAGGUAUGCAAGUCUUGAGUUGAGUCAAAGUUCUAAACUUUUAAAUCUUAAACAAGUCAUUUGACCAAAUAUGUAAUUUGAUCAGAGUAAUAAUAAUUUUGACAUUUUUUAAUUAUUUUAAAAGGUGUUUUUGUUUUCCAGAACAACCUGCAAGACGAAGUGAACUUCGAAAUCAUCUGAAAAUCAGUGGUGUUUAUCACGAUCCAAAGGUGUUUGGGUUCUGGUUUAUAUUUUGAUUAUUUCCUUGUUAUGUUCUUCAUGUCUUGCCAUAUUUAGUCAAUUUUUCUGUGUUCAUUAUUGUUUGCAAGGUGUUUCCAUACUAGUUACUUAUUUUGUGUUAAGGUGCUUAGUUUAUUCUUUGUUUUAUGUCUCUAUUUGUCUUUUCCCCUUGGUUAAGUGUUUCCUUGUGUCUUAGUCUAGCUCCUCUAUGUUAAUUAGUGUCCCUCCCUCAGUUUCCAUGCUUACCUUCUAUCUCAUCUGCUCCAAAUAUUUCCUGGUUGACAAACCUGUAUCCCAUAUCAUUUCUCACACUUCCCUCAGUAUUUAAGUUCUGCUGGUCAGUGUUCUUCACUGGAUCAUUCCCAGACCUGUUUCUUCCCUAUGCAUGAUGCAAGUUUUGUUUUAAAUUAAAUUAAAUCCUUCUACUCACCAUGCUGCCCCCAAGUUUCAGUCUGCAAUUUGGUCCCACAAACAAGCCUCAAAGCGUUUCACUGGUAUUACCCUACCAUAUUUAAAUAAAAAUGUAAAACCCCUUUAAAUCUGAUGGCUUUUUAAAAUGAUUAUCAGUGCUUUAAAUCAAAAACCUGGCAUUAUAAAAAUAUGGUCAGAGCCUCCUAUUACUUGAAAGCACCAUGUUGUGCUGGGCAAUGGUGUCAUUUGAUAGGGAGGUUGAAGGUUGUCAUGCCUCAUGGCUGAAGUGGAGGGGACAUGACAGGGAGGAGGUGGAGAGGUCCGCGCAGGAUCCAAUUUCAACACGACAGCGUUCCUAAAACAUUUCAUGCACUGAGAGACAGGGCAUGAUCCUGGGUGUUCCUUGAGCAAACAACUGGAGGCAGAGGUUGUGACCAGCCUGAUCCGUGAGUCUAGCUGGACACAACGGAUCGCUGUGCCGGUUGAUAGCAGACAGCCAAGCAAGGAUUUUGUUUAUUUGACAUACAUGAUGACAGGGGAAAAGACAGACAACCUGAUGAGCAGCAGGAGGUGAAGAAUGUGAUUCCUCAUCCUCCCAUUAGUGUCUUUCUGCAGCUCUUUUUCCAAAGAAAAUCCCAACGAUGGACUUAUCUCUCUGGUUGUAGACAGGGUCCAUUUUUAGGUCCAGUGUUUCUAAGACGUCUCAGGAGAGGAGUUGGCUAAGCUCUCUGAGGAGCAGGGAUGGAAAGUGGGGGCCCAGAGCCAUAUGAAGAAGGAGGUACAGGGAUCGAGGGGAACACGGAAAUAGACAAACAUCUGAAGGACCAGCUCAACAUUGAGGAAAAGGGAGAGAAAGAGAACAAAGGGAAUGAGAACGAGAAGAAGAAAGACCGCCGACGUUCAGGGUCUCUGUGGAGGAGCGGAUGGGCUCUAAGUGAAAGACUGGCCAUCAAUGUUUCAGGAAUGCGCUAUGAAACCCAACUUCGUACCUUAGCAAAGUUCCCCAACUCCUUGCUCGGGGAUCCCAGGCGGAGAUCCCGGUACUUUGACCCACUUCGAAAUGAGCUCUUCCUGGAUCGAAACCGAGCCUGCUUUGAUGCUAUCCUGUAUUUCUACCAAUCAGGGGGAAGGCUCCGCAGGCCUGCAAACAUACCCCUGGACAUCUUCAUGGAAGAGCUGAUGUUUUACGAGCUCGGAGAGGACAUUGUGAACCGCUUCAAGGAGGACGAGGGUUUCCCUAAGGAGGAAGAGAGGCCCCUGCCGUCCAAUGAGGUCCAGAGAAAACUGUGGAUGUUGUUUGAGCACCCCGAGUCCUCCUCGGGGGCCCGUAUCAUUGCCAUUAUCAGUGUGAUGGUGAUAGUGGUGUCCAUUCUCAUCUUCUGCCUGGAAACGCUGCCAGACUUCAAAAAAGAGGAGUACCACCCCCAGGCUAACAAUUCUUCUGAGAACGUGCCUGCCCCCCAAAGUGUUUUCAAUGACCCUUUCUUCAUGGUGGAAACCAUGUGUAUAUGCUGGUUUUCCUUUGAGCUCAUCAUGCGCCUUUCUUGCGCUCCCAGCAAGAUCCACUUCUUUAAGGAUGUCAUGAAUAUCAUUGAUUUCAGCGCCAUCCUACCCUACUUUGUCACCCUGGGAACUGAGCUAGCCAAAGAUGAUGACUCAUCUCCAACCACAUCUUUGGCCAUCAUCAGAGUCAUCAGGCUGGUGAGGGUCUUCAGGAUCUUCAAGCUAUCUAGGCAUUCCAAGGGCCUCCAGAUCCUUGGUCAGACACUAAAGGCAAGCAUGCGUGAGCUCGGCCUACUUAUCUUCUUCUUGUUUAUCGGGGUCAUCAUCUUCUCCAGUGCUGUCUACUUUGCAGAAGCUGACCACCAUGCAACAGAUUUUGUCAGCAUACCGCAUGGUUUUUGGUGGGCAGUCGUCACAAUGACCACAGUAGGAUACGGCGACAUGUACCCAACAACAGUGUGGGGUAAAAUGGUUGGCUCUAUGUGUGCAAUUGCCGGUGUUCUUACCAUCUCGCUGCCUGUGCCCGUCAUUGUGUCCAACUUUAGCUACUUCUACCACCGAGAGACCGAAUGUGAAGAUCAAACUGAGUACACUCAUGUUCAGACUUCCCUGUGGGAAGAUGAGGAGCCUGAAGGAGAGGAGCCUGAAGAAGGAGAGAGGUAUCCGGAUCCAGAAUUUUAUGCCAGUGAAGGAACCUGCAACCCUCUGAACGGGACUUUACUUGGCGGACUAUGUGCGGGCCAGACGGCAGAGUACACAGGAGGGAAUAUGUAUCUGAGGGAACCACUAGUUACACAGGUUUAGAGACAAUGGGGAUUUAUAGUGCCCUUAGAUAAAGCCACAGGAAACGUGGAUAAAUAAGCUAAUUCAUGUAAUAAAAGUCAAAGGGCUGGAAGAACUCUGAAGGCAUGCUUGUAAAUUCUCACCUAAUGAGUUAUAUACCUCCUAAAAACGUUGUACUGGUUCUAUGUCCUUGUUUAAUUGCAAUUUAUAGCCACACAAUCCAGCUAAAUAUACCCAACGAUAAGCCUUUUUCACAGAACAGCUCAAAUUACCAACAGCUUUCUAUUCUCAGGGUAAUGGUAUAAAAAUAACUCCAGCUAACAUGUAGAAACACUUCCAGUUUGAGAUGAAAAUGACUUUCAGAAAGUAUGUGCCUUGAAACUAUGACGUCUUAGGUAUUUUUGCUUUAAAGGUUGAAGUGUAAGCGAGAUAGAUGACUGUUAUGUCCCACCAGAACUCAGCCAAACAGUAAAGCUGCCUCUGAAGAAAGGCUGGGAUCUGUCCUGAUCCGACUUCACAUUCUCAAAGCUCUUUUGUGCUUUAAAAUAUACAAAAAUCAUGUUUGUCUGUUUUAAUUUCAUGUUCUGUUUGUAUUUGUGGGUUUGUUUUGCUAUGUCAAAAAUGCCUUUGUUUUAUGCUUUAUUGCUCAAUGUUUUUAUUAAAGUUACUAUUUUAUUUUCUUGAAAGCUAGUGGCAUCUGUUGGCAGUGAACAUAAAAACACAUGAUUAAAGGUUUAUGCUAUUAAUUAUUUACAAAUUACUUGCCAACUGAUGUAUUUUUUAAUUUUAUGAUAUAAAAAUUAUUUUUCAGGCUGCUGUAUCUGACACUGCAUAUCAUGUUGUUGAGAAACAUCUUGUUAACUGCCAAAUAGAAGUCAUCUGAUAACGUUC